AUGAGGGUGUGUGAGCAGUUGUUGAUGGGGCUGUGUGAGCAGUUGUCUAUGGAGAUGUAUGAAAAACUGUCGAUGGGGAUAUGUGAGCAGUUGUCUAUGGAGAUGUAUGAAAAACUGUCGAUGGGGAUAUGUGAGCGGUUGUCGAUGGGGAUGUGUGUGCAGUUGUCGAUGAGGCUGUAUGAGCAGCUGUCUAUGGAGAUGUGUGAGCAGCUGUUGAUGGGGAUGUGUAAGCAGCUGUCGAUGGGGAUGUGUGAGCAGCUGUUGAUGGGGAUGUGUAAGCAGCUGUCGAUGGGGAUGUGUAAGCAGCUGUUGAUGGGGAUGUGUAAGCAGCUGUCUAUUGGGAUGUGUAAGCAGCUGUUGAUGGGGAUGUGUGAGCAGCUGUUGAUGGGGAUGUGUAAGCAGCUGUUGAUGGGGAUGUGUGAGCAGCUGUUGAUGGGGAUGUGUAAGCAGCUGUUGAUGGGGAUGUGUGAGCAGCUGUUGAUGGGGAUGUGUAAGCAGCUGUUGAUGGGGAUGUGUAAGCAGCUGUUGAUGGGGAUGUGUGAGCAGCUGUCGAUGGGGAUGUGUGAGCAGCUGUCGAUGGGGAAGUGUAAGCAGCUGUCUAUGGGGAAGUGUGAGCAGCUGUUGAUGGGGAUGUGA